GCUAGUUUGGAGGAUUAUGAAGAAACAGUAAAGAAGGCUAAAGAGGCAUGGAAGGUCUGGGCUGAUAUUCCUGCACCUAAGCGUGGAGAAAUAGUGCGACAGAUUGGUGAUGCCCUGAGACAAAAAAUCAAAGUUCUAGGAAGCUUGGUCUCUUUGGAAAUGGGAAAGAUUUUUGUCGAGGGUGUUGGGGAAGUGCAGGAGUAUGUUGAUGUCUGUGACUAUGCUGUUGGUUUGUCCCGAAUGAUUGGUGGACCUAUUUUGCCUUCAGAAAGACCCGGCCAUGCCCUUAUAGAGCAGUGGAAUCCUGUGGGGUUAGUAGGAAUCAUCACGGCCUUUAACUUCCCUGUAGCGGUUUAUGGGUGGAACAGUGCAAUUGCAAUGAUCUGUGGAAACGCUUGCCUCUGGAAGGGUGCUCCUACAACAUCCCUCAUUAGCGUUGCUGUUACAAAGAUAAUUGCCAAAGUCUUGGAGGAUAACAAAGUGCCUGGAGCGAUCUGUUCUCUCGUUUGUGGUGGAGCAGACAUCGGGACAGCAAUGGCGAGAGAUGAGAGAAUGGACCUGUUGUCCUUCACUGGCAGCACGAAAGUGGGCAAGCAGGUAGCGCUCAUGGUUCAGGAGAGAUUUGGUCGAAGUCUGCUGGAACUGGGAGGAAACAAUGCCAUUAUUGUGUUUGAAGAUGCAGAUCUGAACCUAGUCAUCCCAUCUGCUUUAUUUGCCGCUGUGGGAACAGCGGGUCAGAGGUGCACAACUGCUAGAAGGCUGUUCCUCCAUGAAAGCGUCCAUGAUGAGGUGGUGGCAAAGCUCGCUAAGGCCUAUGCCCAGGUCCGCAUCGGGGAUCCAUGGGAUUCUGACACUCUCUAUGGGCCUCUUCAUACAAAAGAAGCAGUGAAAAUGUUCCUUGAUGCAGUAGAACAAGCAAAACAACAGGGUGGCUCUGUGGUCUAUGGUGGAAAGGUUAUAAAUCGCCCUGGAAACUAUGUUGAACCAACCAUUGUGACUGGCCUUCCUCAUAAUGCACCCAUUGUGCACACUGAGACAUUUGCCCCCAUACUGUAUGUGCUGAAAUUUAAGGAGGAAGAGGAAGUUUUUGCCUGGAAUAAUGAAGUAAAACAAGGUCUUUCCAGCAGUAUCUUUACCAAGGAUUUGGGAAGGAUUUUCCGCUGGCUUGGGCCAAAGGGGUCUGACUGUGGCAUUGUGAAUGUCAACAUCCCAACCAGUGGGGCUGAGAUUGGAGGUGCUUUUGGUGGUGAAAAGCACACUGGUGGGGGAAGAGAAUCCGGAAGUGAUUCAUGGAAACUUUAUAUGAGACGGUCUACUUGUACAAUCAACUACAGCAAGGAUUUACCUUUGGCUCAAGGAAUCAAGUUUCAGUAACAGCCUUGUGAAUGGCCAUGCCACGAACUCUCCUAGCAUUUCAGAACCAAGCACCUUCUAAGACUUCUUGUGAAGAAAAUUAAUUAUCUGAAACUUACCUGCAGCAAUGCUACUAAUUAUGUCAAAAAAUCAGAUAGUCUUAAAAAUGCUUCACUUUCAAUGUAUGAAAUUUCUACUUCAGUCUUCAAAUGAAAAUUAUGUGGUCUUUGGGAAGAAGGGAGGGUGACUGAAACUAACAAACUUGGAUUCAGGUAGCUUGGAUAAUCUUCUGUUGCCUUGUCGCUAUGUUUCAGUAUCAACACUGUCUGUAUCCCCUGCCUCCCCACCAUUC